GAAAGUCAGACAUAAUGUUUAGUGUUUACUUUUUUGUAGGACUAACGAUUUUAGCGGCUACUCAAGCCAGUAGUCCUGCAAAUCCCUCGGCUGUGGAGCUUCUACAAGAUGUGUAUUAUGAUUGCUUGCAGGAUUUUUCUUUUGGGUGCGUUAAACCCAAAACUUUGCACUGGUUGAGCGAGGUUACUAGCAACCAAAAUAUUAGAAUCACCGACAAUUUGAUGAUUGUAAAGAAGGGUGGUGCAGAAAGUGUCCAGGAACGAGGAUUUUCAGAUGAUAUAUUUGAGAAAUUUGAAGAUUUCCUUCAAUCCCACGAGUUGGUAAUGUCUGCACCAGAAUUCCUGCCUAGAUCUUUAGACACCAAAGAAAUUAGAGUUCCUUUAGCAGUAACAGGUCGUUCGUCAAAAAUCGUGAAGAAAGUUAUCGUACCAUUCUUGUUGGGACUUAAGUUUAAAACGGCCAUAUUGGUACCUCUUGCCUUAGCUUUAAUUGCUUUAAAAACCUGGAAAGCCCUAACCUUGGGAUUACUGUCGCUUGUUCUGACAGGAGCUUUAGUUAUUUUUAAGUUCACCAAACCAAAGGUGGUUAACUACGAAGUGGUUCACGUACCCCAUCAUGUUGAACAUCAUGUGGAUCAUCCUCCUUCAUCUGGAUGGGAGCAUCCAGGUUACGGAAGGCAACUGACUGCAAAUGAAAUGGCUUACAACGCUCAUCUCGACUAGAAAUUCUGUUUUAUUAAUUUAUUAAAUAAAUUUAUUUAUUUUCUUA